UAAUUGGGUAAUGCAGCAUUUCCGAGGUGCAAGCGGAUAAACAAGCAAGCAGAAAGGAUAAACAAGAAGAGAAAAAAAGCAAAAAGAGAGCGGCAAACAAAUUAGUUUUUUGCCAUUUGGAAGUGUGCCAAAAAAACGGCAAGCAAGAAAAACAAAAACGGGACAUUUGAACCGCAUUACAAGGCAGAAAAGUGAAAAGAACAGCUGGCGGAUCAGGUGCGUGGAUGAAACAGAAUCAUUUGCUUUUAACGCGGCCCUAAGUAAACACCUAAUGUGAAAAUCGGGCCAAAAGCACAGCACAGAAACAACAACAAGCCGCAAUAAACCGGCAAUAAACCGCUGAAACUUACUGCUUACGUAAGCCACUCGCAAUUACAGACAGUUAAACAAGUCGAUCAACAGCCAAAAUGUCGCAGGUAUCAACCCUUAUCGAUGUGGACAAGCCGCUCUUCGAUCUCAGCACCUUUGCUGGGCGCUUCCAGUAUUUCGCCUGGAUGACGGAUCCCCGGACCGUAAUCCUCUCCAGCGAUCGCCUGCUCGAAGCCAAGACCAUGAUUGAACGCUACCGGAAAGGUGAUCAAUCGCCGCAGGUGAAACCGGAGGAAGUACAUUACAACAUGAAGCUGUAUAACUCGGCAUUUCAUCCGGAUACUGGGGAACUGCAGAACUUUUGCGGUCGCAUGAGUUUUCAGGUGCCCGGUGGCAUGUUGAUCACCGGGGGCAUGUUGGCCUUCUAUCGCACCGUGCCCGCGGUGGUUCUUUGGCAGUUCAUCAACCAGUCCUUCAAUGCGGUGGUCAACUACACGAAUCGCAAUGCCAAUUCGCCCACCAGCGUUACGCAGCUGGGCGUGGCCUAUGUAUCGGCCACGACAUCGGCUCUAAUAGCGGCUAUCGGGUGUAAGAACUAUUGGUCGAAGAAGGCGAGUCCGCUGUUCCAAAGAUUUGUGCCCUUUGCUGCUGUGGCGGCGGCCAAUUUUGUCAACAUUCCGCUGAUGCGACAGAAUGAGAUACUGAAUGGCAUCGAGGUGAAGAACGAGGACGGAGAGAUUGUGGGCCAGAGUAGACUGGCAGCCAUCAAGGGAAUAGGCGAGGUGGUUGUAUCCAGGAUUGCGAUGGCGGCGCCCGGAAUGCUGGUGCUACCUUUGAUAAUGGAGAGGCUGGAGAAGCUGCCUGCUUACAGGCGCAUCAAGUGGAUAAACGCCCCAUUCCAGACCCUGAUGGUUGGCUGUUUCCUCUGCUUCAUGGUGCCCACUGCCUGUGCUCUGUUCCCACAGCAGUGCUCCCUGGACACUUCAACGAUGCGCACCUUUGAGCCGGAACUCUAUGAGGAAAUCGAGAAGAAAACUCGGGGCAAUGUGCCCAAACGUGUCUACUUCAACAAGGGUCUGUAGAUGAGUUCGAUAUUAAUUCUGGAUUUGGAGGAUGACAAUAAUGUGUUAGUCGUUUCCGUU